UUUAGGCAGAACCAAUAAGACUCUAAUCUUCGAGAUCACUCUGCUUGGAUUCAGGAACCUCCAUCCACCACAGAUCCUGCUUCUGUCCAUGGCAUUUUCCAUGAUCUACAUUUUGACAGUGGUUGGGAAUAUCCUCAUUGUAAUAAUAAUUGUGACAGAGCCACAGCUCCACACCCCCAUGUAUUUCUUCUUGGCUAACCUGUCCUGCUUAGAGACAUGCUAUACAACAAACAUCAUCCCUGCUAUGAUCUCAGGCUUUUUGAUGGAAGGGAAACACUUUUCCAUCAAUGGAUGCUUACUCCAGGCUUAUUUUUUUGGGUCCCUUGGAGCUACAGAGUGUUUCCUUUUAGCAGAAAUGGCUUAUGAUAGAUACUUAGCAAUAUGCUACCCACUUCACUACACCAUCCUCAUGAACCACUUGGUGUGUAUCCAGCUUGCCAUUGGUACAUGGCUUGGCACUUUUAUAAGCAUUGGUGUGGUUUUAUACCUAGUCUCCAAGGUACUUUUCUGUGGUUCCCAAGUAGUAGAUCAUUUUUUCUGUGACUCAGCACUGCUGUUGAAACUGGCCUGCACUGAUACUGAGUGGAUUGGCAAGGUCUUAUUCUUCAUAGCCCUCAUUGUUACUCUCAUACCAUUUCUGUUAACAGCAGCAUCUUAUAUAUCCAUCCUCUCUACAGUCCUGAGGAUCCCCUCCAGCAGUGGGAGGCAAAAGACCUUUUCUACUUGCUCCUCUCACCUUACUGUUGUCACCCUAUUCUAUGGGACACUUAUUAUCAUGUAUGUUGCACCAUCAUCCAACUGGUCUCCUGGUUUUAAGAAAGGGCUAAGUCUUCUCUACACUAUAGUGACACCAAUGUUUAACCCCAUCAUAUACAGCUUGAGGAACAAGGAUGUUAAAGAAGCUCUGAGGAAAAUGAUAAACAAAUCAUUGUGAAGAUUUUAUUUUGUUUAUUUUAGAUAAAACAUUACCUUUUUAAAAAACUAAACUUUGGGAUGAUUGCAAUCUCUCUGAAGGUCUGGAUACCUCAAAAUGUUUGUCUUUCCAACUGAUAUAGAGUCCAAUCAACAUUGUGGGUAUUACUUUAGUUGCUACAUUAGGAACCCAUUUCUCCUAAAUGGCUUUGAAAAUUUGGCCCUAAUGACUUGUUUACAGUUACACAGAUGGUAUAGGCAAGAACAGGAAAUAUUCCUGACUUACUGAAUGAAAAUUAAUUAGGAUUUGGGCAUUUAACUCCCAUCGGAUUCUAUGAAAAUCUCAGCUCUAAUUCAUGAAAGGAUUGGUCAGAGUUGCCAACUGUAAAUGUAUAGAUGGUCCAUAAAAACUGGCCUAAAAACACUUACUUGUGAUGUCCAUAAACAAACCCAUGAGCCACCCUUAAGACUCAACUCAUUUCAAGAUCCAUGUGAAUUCAAGUAUCUUUGGACAGAGAGAGGAGAGCAGCACUACCUGGUGUCUAAAUUGGAAUUCUUCUUAGAGUACUGCAGUAAACUGUCUUGCAGAGUUUGCUGGUCUGCUAGAGCCUCCAUAAUUCAUUUUAGUUAUAUCCCAGGGCCUUCUCAAUGCUCAUCCUGAAGGUAUCUAAUGGCUAGAAAAUGAUUUUUAGAGGUUUGUUUUUGAGAGCUGGCUUGUAGAUAAAGUAGAUGCACCUUCAAACAAUGGUUUAGGGGAUGGCAUAGGUUAAUUCGUUUCUAAAAGCUUGAUUGUGACAAAGUUACCUUCAAGGCCUACUCUGUCUGGAACCAGAAAACAGCAAAUCUGAGGCCAAUAGACAAGGAGGCAUACACAGGCUGGGAAAAGGAAUACAUGUAACACACUGUUCCAUAACAUGAGAUAAGGUACUAUUAGGCCACAGUGCUCAAUAUCAGAGUGUGUGCAUGUGAUGGGUUUGCUGGAACAAAGGAAUAUGCUGACAGGACAGAACAUGAACAGUACAACGACCACAGGGAAACCAAUCAAAAAUGCCCAGGAAUGAAGAGUGAUCAGAGGAGGAAAAGGAUACAAAAGGAGAGAUUUCAUAGCAGCCAAGGGGCCCUGAGAGGGGAAACCAAGACCACCAUGAACAGAGGGCAUACCGCUAGUCCAUCUUACCCACCCCGCCGGAGUGGGGUGGGGGUCUCAGCCCUCGACCUCCAGGGUGCUGACAUCUGACAUUCAAGAAAGAACCUCAGGAUUAAACUUACAUACUGGUCAGAUGUAGUUUGACCAGUACAUGACAGCUCUAGGAUUGGUAGAUAUAGAACUGGGUGGGUUACUUUUGUUUGCCUUGCUUGCAUUGUUUUUAUUUUCUAUCACUGUAUAUAAAUACAACUUGCCUAUUAUCAAAUGGAGAAGCAGUGGUUGGUCUGAGGGUUUGGGUCCACAUGAAACAAGGCAUAUGGGUCAUAAAUCCAAUGCCAGCAGUACCUAUGCAGG